UAAGGCUACUUAGAUUGGCUUAUAAGUGGAGUUAUUGCCUGCCAUCCGCGAGGACCACCACGUGUCAAAGUAUUCUUAUUCUGAUAGUACUGUCGACUACGAUAACAGUGUUUGCAUUAGAAUCGAAUUGUAGCGAGGACCCUUGCAUGUAUGGAAUCUGUUUGGACAACGAGAACAGCACCUAUUCUUGUUAUUGCAUCGACGGUUAUACGGGGAUUAAUUGCGAAAUUAAUUGGGACGAAUGCUGGUCGGAUCCUUGUUUGAAUGGUGGCACGUGCAACGACGGCGUCGCUGCAUAUAAUUGCACUUGCGUCGAUGGUUUUGUAGGUGUAAAUUGCGAGCAAAGAUAUAGCGAAUGUUCGAAUCAUCCGUGCCUAAACAAUGGCACCUGCAUCGAUUACGAUGGCAUCACUUGUCAGUGUCCGGAGGGAUAUUCAGGAGAUUAUUGCGAGAUUGACGUUUCUGUUUGCAACGAGACAAUAUGCAAAAAUUCCGGCGAAUGCGUCGAAGGUCCCGGAAUGUCAUUUUAUUGCCGCUGUCAUGAAGGGUGGACCGGUACUUUCUGUGAAAUGGACGUCGACGAGUGUUUGAAGUCACCAUGUAAAAACGGUGGUCUCUGUAUCAAUGUUCCAGCUUCCUAUACUUGUGCAUGUUUAUUUGGUUUCACCGGCAAGGAUUGCGACAGGGCAAUUGUACCAUGUGAUGAAAAUCCUUGCCAAAACGGAGCAGUUUGCCUGCUGGAGGAUGAUCAUCCAGUUUGUUACUGCGUGCCCGAUUAUCACGGCGCGCUAUGCGAUUUAAAGUACGACGAUUGCGAGUCGAAAUUUGCACAAUGCGACAACGGUGGUACUUGCAUCGAUGGAAUCAACAGCUUCACUUGCUCCUGUCUACCGAAUUACAGUGGUCCCAUGUGCGAAUACAGUUUCUCUUCGACAACCAUCGCUGCAGAAGCUGAGGAGACAUCCGAGCAGGGAACAAGUGCGAUUAAAACUACAACUGCCAUUGUUUCGCCUAGAGGAUCAACUUCAGUAGCGGAAACGUCUGUGUCUUUGUCAUCAACAUCUGAAUCUGCAAUGUAUUCGACGUCUUCGAGAACAACUAGCUCGCUUUACACGAAGAGCUACACGAUUAUGGAGAAGACGACCUCAGGAUACGAGGACGGAGCUUCUCCUAGUGUUAGCAGCGAGAGUGGUAUCUCUCUUACUGAAAUUCCAUCAACGGGUUUCACGAUUAGUAAAGACACAACUCGAAAUGAUGUCGUGACAUCGGAGGUCGCAACAAUGUCAUCCGCUGCUACCGAAGAUUUCUCCCACGUAACUGAAACAGAAGGCGUUGAAGUUUAUUCUCCAACCGGAAGAUCGAUUCAUGAUGGUAAAGUUACUAAGGAUGUUGAUCAAGCAACAUCACCGACUUCCAAAACAGUGGAUGAAGACUUAACGCGUGUAACGGAGUACAUGACAACUUUUAGUCAUCGACCAACAAUGCUAGAUACUGAUGAAGGUCAGAUAGAAAAGACUACAGCAACAAGCGCUAUUUUGGAUCACGGUGCAACCGAUGCAACACUUCCUGUUAAUGCGACAUUCCGAUACACGACGGAAUCGUUACAGAACAGAAGCUUCGAACUCGGAACUACGGUCGUGGAACCGCCUGGAACUGUUCUACCUCUAACUACCUCGUCGACACUGCCAUCAGUAUUAACUUCGACUGUGAGAUUCGAGACUCCUACGGUAUCUUCCCCGUUAACGUCCACCAGCGUGUCCUCAUUAAGUCACGCUACUAGUAUCGAAGUCAGCACCACGGAAAUCGGUGCUUGCCGCGGGAAUCAAUGUUCCACAAGUACUACCACAUUAACUUCGCGUAAUGUUACCGAGUAUGCUGACGGCUGCAAGACAGAUUCGACCAUUACGCAAGCGGCUUUUAAUGGCAAAUCUUUUGUCAGACAACGCGUGGAAGUAAUUAUCUCUGAUAAUAAGAGUGCAACGCUCCGAAUUUUUGUUAAGCUUAAAACGGCAUUUAAGAACGGAAUAAUAUUGCACGUUUACUUCGACAACGAGAGAUAUUCUUUAGUGUAUUUGGAACUUGGAUCAUUGAAGUUUCAAUUUUCUUGCGGUCUGGAAACUAUGUUACUCGGUGAAAUCGAUGCCAUUAUCGAUAAUGGAUUCGAAGUGGGUAUUGAUAUGAGCUUUCAAUAUGUUGCCAAUGAUGAAAACGAGAAAUGUUUUGCCAAAUUGCUGGUCAACGGCACUAUGGCCGUAACCGGCGAACAAAUACUGCCACAACGAGGAAAAUUGAUUCCAAAAUACGCCAAUUUAUAUAUAGGAGGCAUUCCAUUAACGUUCUCGCAUUACUUCCCUCACGUAGCUAUGGGAUUCAUUGGUUGCAUGGAUUCCCUGAAAGUGAAUGGUAUUUCGCGACAUUUUAUUCACGACUCCACAGAAACGUUUCAGAUUGAAGAAUGCACGUCGUUCUUAUGUUUGUCCAAUCCUUGUCAGAAUUUCGGAGCGUGUGAAGAAAACGAGGGUCGAAUUCGCUGCAAAUGUAUAGCUGGAUACACCGGACCUUUGUGCGAACAUUCGGCGUGUAACGAUAAUCCUUGUGCGAUGGGUGCGACGUGUGUAAGUUCGCCAGGAACUGGUUUCAUUUGUGUUUGUCCGCUCGGCAGCCACGGGCUUUUUUGCGAAGAAGAUGCUAUCCUAGUGCGGCCAGCCUUCUCGGUCCUCGUUCCCGGUUUCGCGUCAUACAUCGCUUAUGGUGUGUCGACUCCGAUAAAAAACACAAUGGAACUGAAGCUGCGACUCAUCCCGCGCACAUUCGAUCAAAUCUCCUUGAUAGCUUAUCUCGGACAGAGAGGGUCGCGCCGUGAUGUUUCGGAUCACCUCUCAAUAACAUUCGUGCGUGGCUACAUUAUGCUCACGUGGGAUUUGGGUUCCGGAGUGCGAAGAAUCUUCACCAGCGAUUCGUUAAACUCGCUAACCGUGGCAGGAUCGGCUGGUAAAAGUAAAACGUACACUCUCAGAAUUGGAAGGAGAGGCAAGGAGGCAUGGCUUGCAGUAGAAGGUCUCAGCAACGUGACCGGUCAGGCGGUAGGAUCGAUGACACAACUUGAUGUAUCACCCGUUCUUUAUAUUGGUGGUUACAAGUCGAAAAACUUCGAGACGUUGCCGCAUGAUCUACCUCUCCACACCGGCUUUUCCGGAUGUAUAUUUGACGUCGAAUUGCGCACAGAUACCUCGAUUCUUCCUUUGACCGGUUCUAGUCCUGCUACUGGCCGUGGCGUGGGCGAAUGCAAUCGCAACGAAUGCAUUCGCCAUUCGUGCAAGAAUGGUGCGGUGUGCUUGCAUCAUGGAGCAUCGUAUAGUUGUAUUUGUACAAAAGAGUGGGUCGGACCUGAUUGUUCCAUUCCUGUCUGAUUUAUCGCUAGAAGUAAUCCUUGAUGGAUAUAGCAGAUUCCUCCCAGCUCUUAUUAAUUAGCACCAAGGGAGUAAUCAAUUGGUAUCGAUGUUACAAUGUUAUAUUGCAGCAAACACGUUGUUCUUACAAAUUUUAUAUCUAUUGACGUAGUGAUUCUUUAAUGAUCGAAAUAGGAUUAGCUUACAUUAGGGGCGUCGUUUUUGAGUCGCGAAGUAGCGGAAUGAGAGUUUAAGUAUACAAAUAACAUUGCCGCCGAUAGACGCGCUUGUAAGUCAUGUUUGCUAUACUCGUGAUGCCAUUCUACAUUACCCCAAUGAGAGAUCUGUGCAAAUAUAUAAGGCUAAUAUAUAACGAAAACAUGAAAUCAUGAUAAAUAAGAAGCAAUUUCUAUUGACAUUUUUAUCAUAGAUAAAAUCAAAGUGUUUUAUAUCUAUACCUGAUAUUCUUCUUCUAGUCGUGAAAGAUUUACAGCUUCCAAGACGUUAAUUACUCUUGCAACUGUCGCAAGAGUCAGGAUAACCGAUUUUAAUCCAUCUACUGCAUACACAACACCUAUAUGCAUAAAUAAUACUUAAUAUAUGAAUAAAAAUACUCUCAUCUCUUCAUAAAUUAGCAUUACAUACCAUAAAUACUAUUAAAAUUAUAGGACAAUAAAUGCUUUGUUAAAGCAGUUUUAGUUUCUACAGAUACAGUAGGUGCUUCUAUACCCUGAGUUCUUGCAAUGUCCACAUCGUAGUUUUCACAAAACCAACGAAAUAUAGGCUCCCACUUUUCAAUUUGUAACUGAUAUAAUUCAUCCACAUCCUAAAAAUAGUCACAAAUCAUUAUAAUGGAAAUGUCACAUUGUUAUAUGGGGGAAAAAGCAUUGACGAUUUGUACAAACACUUUCUUACACUUGAAUAAAAUAAAAUUGUAUCCAUUUCUAAA